AUGCGACAAUCCGUGAGUGAAGCGAAGAUUUUGAUAGACAACCUAGCAGCGAGUGAUAGCAUGAUUCAACCAAGCUACGAUGAAACCAUCAAGGCAAUCAACAUAGAUCCGACAGAACUUAAGGAGAUCAAGGUGAUGGUUUCCCAAAUUCUAAAGAAUACUAUGAGACCUAAAGCACAUGAAGGAGUGACAGCCCCUCAGGAAGACGUUGAUCAAGAUUUCGUUGGAGAUUUUUCAGCAUGUGAUCUAAGAGAAGUAAGCUACAUAGGCUCUCGAUACAAAAAUCUUGGGACAAGGAGUCACGGCCCCCAUUACGGUCCUAAGGAACUUUUUUAUACUCAUCAAAACGUGCCUCACGAGACCAAUAUCCAACCGAAGCAACAGUUUGCUAAUGGAGUUCAACAAACGCAUUCGAGUGAUUUACAAGGCGUUGAAUCAAGAGAAAUUUUGGAGGAAGAUUUUGAGCCCUUGAUAAAUGGGUUUCACUAUGAACUCAACAAGUUCAGAAAGGAAAUUCAUUCUAGGAUGGAUAUAUUGGGACAUGACAUUAACAACAAGAUAGAAGAAAUUUCAUCUCAUGUUAAGCAAAUUGACCUCCAAAUUGCUUAUAUCGCCGGUACCAUUGGGAAACCGGAUGGGUUUCUUCCCGGAUUGUUUGAGGUGAACCCAAGAAGUGAACACGUGAAGGCCAUGUGA